UCCAGCAGUCAGUCAAAGCCGCGGACAGCCAGCCAGCGUACGGAUUACGGAAUAUACCGCUGAGGACAUUCUCACGCAUUUCUCCCGCCGCCGUGCGUCCAGCCCGCUUACAAAGUGUCAGCAUGUCCAGUGAGGUGCAGCCGAGGCCGGACGACAGCCCCAACACCAGUGGGGGAAGCUCAGAUGCUGAGCAGAGGGAGGCGGCCCCUCCGGAGCAGCCGGGCCCCGAGCAGCGGGACCAGACUCAGCCCAAGAAGAAGGAGGCCAAAAUCUCCAGCAAGACUGCUGCCAAGCUGUCCACCAGCGCCAAGAGGAUCCAGAAAGAGCUCGCAGAGAUAACCUUGGACCCGCCGCCAAAUUGCAGCGCCGGGCCUAAAGGAGACAACAUCUAUGAGUGGAGGUCGACCAUCCUGGGCCCUCCAGGCUCCGUGUAUGAGGGAGGAGUGUUUUUCCUGGACAUCGCCUUCACACCAGACUACCCCUUCAAACCACCCAAGGUGACGUUCCGUACGAGGAUCUACCACUGUAACAUCAACAGUCAGGGAGUGAUCUGUCUGGACAUCCUGAAGGACAACUGGAGUCCUGCCCUCACCAUCUCCAAGGUCCUACUGUCCAUCUGCUCCCUGCUCACUGACUGCAACCCUGCUGACCCUCUGGUUGGAAGCAUCGCCACACAGUACCUGACCAACAGAGCCGAGCACGACAGGAUAGCCAAACAGUGGACCAAACGCUACGCCACAUAGACCAGCAUUACUCCUCCAGGACCUGCCCCACCCCCCACUCCCCACAUCCCACCCGCCCUAUAUACAUAUAUAUAUACACACACACACAUACACACACCUCCGACACCACCCCUCCUAUGAAAUCUAUGG